UAGCAACACUUCCGGGCUUACCUUCAGCGUGAGGGAGGCGACAGUUAAGCUAAUAAACGAUAUUUAUCAGCAAGCGAAUGUAUGUCGUGUUAUGUUGUUUUAGAAUAGGAGGAAGUCCAGCUUUUGUGUCAGCUAGAUAACGGUCUGUGGUUGAUUUCUGAGAAGGCCGUUUACGAUGGGUUUACUCACGAUACUAAAGAAACUGAAACACAAGGAGCGAGAGAUGCGUCUGCUGAUGCUUGGUCUGGAUAAUGCUGGUAAAACCACUAUUUUGAAGAAAUUUAAUGGCGAAGACGUCAGCACCAUUUCUCCCACUUUGGGAUUCAACAUAAAGACACUGGAACAUAGAGGGUUCAAGUUAAACAUCUGGGAUGUGGGGGGUCAGAAGUCAUUGCGGUCCUACUGGAGGAAUUAUUUCGAGAGCACAGAUGGACUGGUGUGGGUGGUGGACAGUGCAGACAGACUGAGGCUGGAGGACUGCAGAAAAGAACUCGGUGCACUGUUACUGGAGGAGAGACUGGCAGGAGCCACUCUUCUAGUAUUUGCCAACAAACAGGAUCUACCUGGUGCGCUGUCAAAGGAUGCCAUUAGAGAGGCACUCACUCUAGAUGAGAUUAAGACACAUCACUGGUGUAUAGUGGGUUGCAGUGCCGUGACUGGCGAGAACCUUCUAACAGGUGUUGACUGGCUCCUGGAUGACAUCGCUGCCCGGAUCUUUACAGCAGACUGAGAGAAUAGCCCAACUUUGUACAACUCAAUUGGGGGUGCUACUGUUAUAAUCAUUUGGUGUCACUACCUGAUCAGUCUGAUGCUAUGGUUAUAACCCAGGUACAAUGGAAGCACAGCAGUAUUGUGAUGGCUGACUUCAAAAUGAAGACCCAUGAUGGCAAAGAAUCACUGAUGGCACAAGUGACAUUUGUUUUACUCAUGUUAACCAUCCCACUUCCUCACUGGAGAAGCCACGAGUCCUCAUUAGAGAAAGCCAAUGUGUACUGAGGAGGUUCUCUUGCUAGUUGUAUGUGUCAGUAGGUUUUACAAACAAACACUUCUUGUAGCUGCAGGUGUUGCUUGGGAAUGUGGUAGCAAGUGUGCUGUCUUGCAAGCUAAGCAAAAUAAAAGCUGAUACCAAUGCCAUGUUUGCAUGUUAUUUAAAUAAAAGAGCCUUAAGAGUA